CUCUCACUCUCUCGACCGUCUUGAUUCACAGCCGCCGCCGCUUGCCGCCGCCGUUUGCCGGCCUGCCGAGCCCGGCUUGCCAAGAAAAUAUAGACCAUCGGAGGUUUAGCCUGCCUCACCGUGUUCAACUUUGGGAACUUGAAACCCUACUUAUCUCGUCUCUCCCGAUCAAUUUCUCGGCUUCCUCAGGAUCGAGAUUUAAAAGGGUCUUCUUCAUAAAAACGAUCACCACUGAGCCGGCAUCUUAAACCCCAAAUUCUAGGGUUUGUGAUUUGAAGAACAAGCUAGGUUUUGCAAUAUGGGGAAGGCAAAGAAAGGCCCCAAAUUCGCAAACAUGAAGAGGAUCAUCAGCUCCAAAACCAUUAAGAAAUACAAAGAGGAGGUUUUGAACCCUAAUAAGAAGGAUCUUGAAAAGGAGAAGCUUCCCCGCAACGUGCCGGCAAUUUCUUCGGCAUUGUUUUUCAAGUAUAACACUGCACUGGGGCCACCAUAUCGGGUGAUCGUAGAUACCAACUUCAUCAAUUUCUCCAUCCAGAACAAGCUUGAUUUGGAAAAAGGAAUGAUGGACUGCCUUUAUGCAAAAUGCACUCCUUGUAUUACUGACUGUGUCAUGGCUGAGCUUGAAAAAUUGGGACAGAAGUAUCGCGUGGCUUUAAGGAUUGCCAAGGAUCCUCGGUUUGAAAGGCUACCAUGCAUACAUAAGGGAACAUAUGCUGAUGAUUGCAUUGUUGAUAGGGUCACUCAGCACAAGUGCUACAUUGUUGCAACAUGUGAUAGAGAUCUGAAGAGAAGAAUACGCAAGAUCCCUGGUGUGCCUAUUAUGUAUAUAACACGACAUAGGUAUUCCAUUGAGCGUCUACCUGAAGCAACUAUGGGCGGAGCGCCGAGGAUCUAGGUACCAGGUUUUGUUUACCGCUAUGAAAGAGUGAGGUCUUUCAAGGUUGAUUUCUUCCUUUGAGGCGGGGUUGGCUAUCUUAAUUGAGGGCUUAAAAAUUUUGUAAUUGAGAUUCUCAAGAGUGUGUUAAGCAAAUUUUUGCCGUGCUCUCAUGUAUCACUUUUUAAGGGAAUGAUUGAAAGCGAACUGCACAAUGUUGUUUA